UCAACCAAUCAAAUUCAUUAGUAGACCGAGCUUCAUGGCGCCAACUUGGAAGAGGGAAAUCGACAUCGAGAAAACUGUCAUUGAUUUACACUGCCGAAUGAAUGGAAAUACGAAAGAGAUAAAUCGAGAUAUUCGUCCAGUUGAAUGUCCUUGAUUGUUACUGCGGAUAAGUUGUCCCAAAACUUGGCAAGAUGAAUCCUUUACCAGAAGGGUCUUUUGACAGCGGUUACUUUUCGCCUUCCCACAUCCAGAUCAAGGUCGAGCCCAUGAGUCCCACUCAUCUCCCAAUGUUGAACUCUGACCUUAAUGUGAGCCCGCUCAAAACGGACGUCUCGGGAAUGGAUGUGGAAAGACCACUGGAGGAUGUCAGUAUUUCAGGGGAUUGGGAAAAGGACUUCUUUUCAAAUUUUGAAGACAAUUUGUUCAAUUUUGACUUUGACGACAAAGCAUUGAAUGAUAUUCUUGUGUCACCCAAAGGAAAGGAGGCCUUGAAUGACUUGAUGAAAUCUCCAAAAGGAAAAGCCAUUAUGAACUCUCCUAAAGGGAAAAUGUUGCAAAAUAGAUUUAAGUUGUUUGAUACACCUGAGAAUGUGAAAUUAAAAAGGACAAAUAGUUCUGGGUUCGAUACCAGUCCUAAUGUGUUGUCGCCAUGUGACCCAAACAAGAUGUCGGCCACACCUGGGCCAUACUGUGUAGAUUCAAGAUCUGCAUUGAAAAUGUCACGGAGAAAACUAACAAUGGUGUUGUCUGGAAAAGAGGACAGGGAACCAGUCAAGAAAGUCUGUGUGCAACCUCUCACUUGUGUGCAACCAUGUAAAACGCAACCCACAAAACUCAUUCCAAUAGCACCAAAGUUAUCACAGGAAAAUUGCGAGUUGUGGCCCACCAAGGAAAAGCUGAAGUAUGCCAGGGAUCAGUUUAAGCGUACACUGGAACUAGCCGUGGAGGCCUCGCGACUACAGAGACAGGUGAAGCAGGAACCAGUGGCACCUCGCUCCCCGCAAAGAAAACGUAAAAGGGGUUCCCAGAAGGGGGAGAAAUAUCCCGAGCUGAAACAAGCCCUGAAUCAGCGGCCACAGAAAUCGAGUUCACGGAAUCGAAUGCCGAGCAUAAAACUACGAGAGAGCAAAGAGACAGAAAUUGAGAUCAAGAAAGAGUUAUCUGCCCCUGCAUUGCCGUUUUACCCGGACUAUGAAGAAGACAUCGAUUACAAUGACGAUGACGACGAUGAUUAUGACAAUUUUUACGGAAACUAUGUGCCGUUCACCGGACUUAAGCAAGCCAAGAAGAAAAAGAAAAUUAAGCAGAGUUUGUAUUGAGUGAUCGACUUGAUUUGAUGUUGUACGCGGAGGCUGAAAUUUAUUUGACAAUAUAAUGGCAGAAUGUUGCUUCUCGUCGUUUUAAAAUUUUAGGCUUAUAAGUUCAUGUUUGUGAAAGUCAAAGAUCUGUGUUGUGUAAAUUGCAAGUGUAGUCCAGACUUGGUGAUGCUAAAAAUGCCAUUUAAGUAAUUUGUCAGGAUUACAUUGUUCAAUGGGUAGGUUGUAUAGUCAUAUGACAGUCUUGGAGAUGUCAACAUCUCUUAAAAUUGUGUCUGUGUAUACUUUAUACUAUGUAACAUUUAAUUCCAGUGUUAUAUAAUGUAAAUUUAUUUGAAAAAGAAACUCAGCUAUGUUGAUGUAUGUGAUUAUAAUAUACCCCAAGUAUAUUCAGAUGUAUGCAAUGUAAAAACUUUAGUAAAAUAUAGGCCUAUUUAAACAUAUAAGAAUAUACUAAUAUUUUAUGCAGUCUUGUAUAUACACAUCUUAUCAUACAAAAAUCAUGCAAUAUUUACUUAAGAAGUCAUUUGGGUGCAGAGCUAUAAUUAGAAACUGAUAUUAAUUCCGAGUCAUAUAAAUGUUUGCAAAGAUGUAUAGAUAUUUCUUCGAAACUCAAUUUCUGACGUGCACAAUUCAUUGCCUCUAAAUAGGAUCAAUUGUUUUUCAUAUUUUCAAUAUUGAAAAUUUUAUGUGCUGCACUUUUCUUGUGACCUGGGAAUACAUGUAACAGUUUGGUUCACACGGUUAGCUUUCACUAUCUGAUUAUUCAUGUGUGUGUGUAUAGUUUGUACAAUAUAGCUCAAACUUUGUUUUCAUCUCAAUGUAUCACCGAGUUGUACCCAAUUGUCUAUUAAAUUGGUGGACUUUUUGAACAGUCAAAGACUUGCAUGUGGACAGGUUCUUUUUCCUUCUAGUGCUUUAUUUCGAAGAGGUCGGACAUUUUAAUAUUCAUCUGUUGUUUUUCCCUCAUUGUGAUAUGUUGUUUACAUUCGGUCAGAUUGUUGGAGAAUAAGAAACAAACCAGAUUUUCUGAUCAUUUUCAGGAAAAUACUAUAAAUAGGACCAGCAUUGUUGUUAAUGUUUUGUUUCUAUUUUUUUCACUAGGAUAUAUGUGUGUAUUUAUUUAUUAUUUAUAUCUUUAUAUGUUCUGAUUUAGAAAGUAAUGAUUUCAUCAAAUAUCAGAGAUGUUAUUUUAAUUUGCAAUGAUAUCAAAGCAUUU